GUGGCAUUUCACAGUCAGUGGAGUAAAGUGUGCAGCUGCUGAGGAGGAGAGUGGUCUGGAUACUUACCUUUUAGAACUCUACAAGACACUGACACGAUGCCAAACUGGGGAGGAGGCAACAAGUGUACGGCGUGCCGGGGGACGGUUUACCACGCUGAGGAGGUGCAGUGUGACGGAAAGUUUUUCCACAAAUGCUGUUUCCUCUGCAUGGUUUGCAGGAAGGGCUUAGACAGCACCACGCUGGCCAUUCAUGACCAGGAGAUCUACUGCAAGUCAUGCUACGGGAAGAAGUACGGCCCCAAAGGUUACGGCUACGGUCAGGGCGCGGGGACGCUCAACAUGGACCGAGGAGAGCGGCUGGGAAUCAAACACGAAGAGACACACACUCACAAACCGACCACCAACCCCAACCCGUCCAAAUAUGCGCAGAAGUUUGGAGGUUCGGAGAAAUGUGCCCGAUGUGGAGACUCUGUCUACGCGGCUGAGAAGAUCAUGGGGGCGGGCAAGCCGUGGCAUAAGAACUGCUUCCGCUGUGCAAAAUGUGGCAAGAGCCUGGAGUCGACCACUCAGACUGAGAAAGACGGAGAAAUCUACUGCAAAGCGUGCUACGCCAAGAACUUCGGGCCCAAAGGAUUCGGAUACGGCCAGGGAGCCGGCGCUCUUGUUCACGCUCAGUGAUGGACCAACUGGAUUUUUUUUUCUGAACAGACAGUCACACCUUCAUAUGUUUUCUCUUUCCUACAUGAACAUUAAACUCUUAAUGUCUCGUCUUUUUUUUUCUCUUUCAGAAUGCUUUUAUGUUUUAAUAGGUGUUUGUGAUACAAAUAAAGAGAUGAAACCACAAGUUCA